AUGGAGCAAGGGAGCUGCUGCACUGAGAGCCGUGGGCCCAGGCCUGCUGAGUAUCCACCACCAUCUCCACCACCACCUUUCCUGAGAAAGCUUGCUACCUGGUCUCUUAACUCCAAUGACUCAUUGACCCUAACAUGCCCCCAGGUGAAAACCAAGCCUCACCCUGGAGGCUGGAGAGCCACUGGCCUAUUGCUACUGCUGCUGCUGGCACUGGCCACUGUGGGAGCUGUGGCUGGGGGGCUCCUUGGCCUCUUUGCUCAGGGCCCUCCCAAGCCAUUGCUGCAGAGGCUGCAACUGACCCUCGCAAGCCCCCAGGUCCCCCAGUCCAACCAAACCAUCCUGGUGGAUGUGGCCCAGAACUCAGCAACCAUUACAGUGACUCCGCCUCAGAGCAACCGCAGCUGGGUGGUGCUGUUUGAUGGGCAGAAUGGCUGCAUCUGUUACCGCCCUGAGAAGCACCAGGCCUGCUUCCUCCGCCUGAUGGAAGACCAGGAUUGGGAGACCCUGCAGCUGCUGGUGAAUGCCUCAAGGGCCCAAGGGUCCUGUACCCCCAGCCAGGACACCCACUAUGCCCAGGAGCUGCUGGCCGUGCUAGGGAGCCAUGAGGUGGACCCUGCCCAGGUAGGGGCUUUGGUGCGACAUCUUUGUGCAAAGACCCCCAUCUACUGGGCCCGUCGAGCAGAGGGGCCCCAGAGGCAGCGGUUGAUCUAUCUCUGCAUUGACAUCUGCUUCCCAAGCAACAUCUGCGUGUCGGUCUGCUUUUAUUACCUCCCAGACUAAGCCCCUGACCUGGCCCAGCCCAGCUCCUGGCCCCAGUCUAGC